UACCUACCGUUAAAGAACUCUUCUUUGUCUCCAUAACUACUUUAAACAAAAAAAUGGAGUUCCCCCACCUCUUGCAUGUCAGCUAAACACCCACAGAUGUAUUGAAUACCUCAGUUAUCUUAAAUGGAAUGGUAUUUGUCAGUUGUGUCACAGUUGACAGAGAUUUAAAAUAGAAAAUAAUGACAGCAUUUAAUUUUACCUCACGGAAGCAGCUUAAACAGCUGCUAAAUGAUGUGGAAGGUGUUCAGAAAGAUGACAUUCAUUCCUACGCGGGAGGACAUUUAAAUGAGUCCUAUUUAUACAAACCUCCCUCAUCAUGGGGAAGCAGCAAGUGGACAGCUGGAAAGGGAAAGAGAAUCUCUCUUGUUGAUAAAAGCACCGUGCCAAACCCCCCUGUGAGGAAGUCAACAAACACUAAGGAUACUAAAAUGAAAGACACUUUGUAUGACUUUAGUGUGGGUACCACGGGCAGUGUUCCACUGUACAACAGUGAGAUAAACAUGGCACCGCAAAUUCGAUACAAAAACAUUAAGACACCCGUAAGUACGAUAGGGACUAUUGAUGAUAGGCCAGAGUCGACCAAGAGAAAUCCAAGUGCUGCCUCGAAAAAGUCUGUCUACACCGAACUUCAAGAUGGCGUCUUAGUGGAGGAGCUGAAGGCCGAAGAGAUUAUGUUGCCCGGAGGUAGUGGUCAGUCAAAGAGGCUUCCUCCUAUGGAAGAGGAAGGGGAAGACUAUGAUGUGAUGGAAGACAUUCAGAAAAGUCUUAACAUAGACAAUCUUUACACAUUCAGACAUCAGUUUCUUCCAACGCAUCAUAUCGGGGUUACCAAAAGGGACCAGUAUAGGAAAAUGAAGUCAAUGGAGAGUCAAGUCAUCGGAAUGGAGGAUGCUUCAGAGCAGAAUGUUCUGUCUGCCGUGAGGGCUGUUAGACAUCUAGAAAAAAGAUUAGAAGAGGAGCUGGAUGCCCUCAACUUUAUUGGUGAUGACCGUCCCAACUUUCACAAACUCCAAGUCUAUAGCAACGUAUUAGAGGAUUUAAUUGAAGAGAGUCCUACAUUUACAUACAUAUUAAAAAGCAUAAAGAUGGAGUACGACAAUUACAUCUCCAAACUGCUCGACCAGCAGUCACCUGACCAUACCAAGAAGCUGCGGACCCAGGCGGAGCUGAUGUUGUAUCGUGGGACGUCACGACCCCAGGAGCUACAGGAAGCAGAGAACAAGGUCUCUACGCUGGAGGAGAAGGCCAAGUCAUUGCUGGAAACCAAUGAAAGGUUGAGGAAAGAAUUGCUUGAGGAAGAAGAACUGUUAUCUAGAGAACCUACCGAGCCAGAACCACGGGUUCAGCUGGCAAGUACGUACCAUGAAGAACCUAUGGCAGAACUGGCUGAUGAAAUAGAACACGUCAAAGCCCUGAUCCUGGAGAAACUGGAUGAUCUGAAUGCGCUUCGAACCAAACUCAGAGAGGAGUAUGUGCCGCUCACUGUCUGCAAUCAUCUGGAGCAGUGUAUUAAAGAAACAGAGGUGGAGGUACAGAAACUUCUUAAACAGAAUGAGUACCUGGAGAGAAGUAUAUCGGAGAUGGAGACUGAUCUAAGAGAAGCCAUUCAGGACGCUGACACUAGUGAGAGAGAUGCAAGGCGCAUUUGGAGGAAGGUCAAUUCUCGCAAAGGUCUGCCGCACAUGCCCAAUGAAAAGAACGGCACCACAGAGAGUGAUGAUGAUGAUGAUGACGAAAGCAAAUGGAACUGGUAUAUCUCCUAGUGACCUGGGCAUGUACACAUGUAUUGCGCAAUAUCAGUGGGCGUUUCCUUGUGUAUUGCGCAAUCACAGGGAGGUUUCUCAUUUUAAAUUACAGUAGCAGACAGUUCAAUUUCACAUCAAAUUUUUGUGUCUUCUUUGAUAUAUUCUUUCUUUACUAAGUUGAAGUAAAGAAAAUAUAUCUGUUGUGAAAUAAAACUUUUAAUUUAACCUUAAAAGUGUUAAGCAUCCGUCCAUUGUCAAAACCAUGUGAUAUGUAGAGAGAUAUGUUAAUUGAAUCAAGACGUUGAUUAUUACUGCUGAACCUAUGUCUACCGUUUAUAAUAUUUUGUAAAUUAAAGAAAACUGCGAUGCACUGCAUGUCUAUUGGAUUUUAUUGAAUGUUGAUGUAUGUUGUUAUAAUAUAAUUUAAUAAAUUAUCAUUUAACUUUGA